UUUUUUUCCUUUUUCUUGUCUGAGCGUGGGAGAGAGAGAUAGAAUUUCAUUUAGAGAUCCCGUUUUGAUGAUUCAGGUGGAUCGAAGAUCGAAGGAAAAGCUCUGAUGAUCUGGGUUUUGGUGGAAAAUUUGUAAUUUGAUUCAUGUAUAGCAUUUGGAUCUGAUAGGUGAUAGAUAGAUUGUUGGGUUAUUGAACAAAGGAAAAAAAAUGGGGAUAGAUUACUAUAAUAUAUUGAAAGUGAACAAGAAUGCCACGGAUGAUGAUCUAAAGAAGUCGUAUAGGAGAUUGGCAAUGAAAUGGCAUCCUGAUAAAAAUCCCACCAACAAGAAAGAGGCUGAAGCCAAAUUCAAGCAGAUCUCUGAGGCUUACGAGGUCCUAAGUGACCCGCAAAAGAGAGCAAUUUAUGAUCAGUAUGGUGAAGAAGGGCUGAAAGACAUGCCACCCCCUGGCAGUGGUGGAUUCCCAUUUGGAAAUGGUAGUGGCACUGGGUCGAGUGGUUUCAAUCCUAGAAAUGCAGAGGAUAUAUUUGCAGAAUUCUUUGGCAGCAGUCCUUUUGGAUUUGGAUCAUCAGGACCUGGAAGGUCCAUGAGGUUCCAGCCAGAUGGAGGAAUGUUUGGGGGAUUUGGUGGGAGCGAAAAUCUAUUUCGGACUUACAGUGAGGGGACUGUGCCAAGGAAGCCACCACCAGUAGAGAGUAAAUUGCCUUGCAGUCUUGAGGAACUAUACUCUGGAUCAACAAGGAAAAUGAAGAUUUCUAGAACUGUAGUUGAUGGCCAUGGGCGGCAAGUGCAAGAAACAGAGAUUCUAACCAUUGAUGUGAAGCCAGGGUGGAAAAAGGGAACAAAGAUUACUUUCCCAGAUAAAGGAAAUGAACAGUUGAAUCAGCUUCCAGCGGACCUCGUGUUCGUCAUUGAUGAGAAACCCCACAGUACCUACAAGAGAGAUGGCAAUGACCUCAUUAUAAACCAAAGGGUGUCAUUAGCAGAAGCACUUGGAGGUACAACAGUAAAUCUCACUACACUUGAUGGCCGUAACCUAUCGAUUCCAGUACAUGAUAUAGUUAGCCCUGGUUAUGAGCUUCUUGUUGCCAGGGAAGGUAUGCCAAUCGCUAAAGAGCCAGGUAAUAGGGGCAGUUUAAGGGUCAAAUUUGAAGUGAAGUUCCCAAUAAGAUUGACACCAGAGCAACGAGCAGGACUCAAGCGAACCUUGGGAGUUGAAGAUUGAUAGAACUGUUAUAUAUAUAAGCCUUUAGUUUGAGCUAGCAUAUUAAUUUCCCUUGUAUUUUUAUACACCCUUUAGGUUCUCAAUACAGCAACUAGAGUACAAUUAAAUUAUGCUUUUUGUGAGGCAUUUUUUAGGGAAGGGUUUGCCGAUGUCGAAUGUAUCAUUAUGUUUUCCCCUAUUGUUAGAUAAUUUUUUACCAGGUUGUUAUUUUCAUUGCUUCUUGCCAAGGAACACGUUCGCUAAAAAUGCUUGUCUUAUUCUUUUUCUCUUC